GUAGAUCGGUGUCAGUAAAUUGGCUUUACUAUGCAUGCGCAGGUAAGGGGAACCAAAUUUGGUUCAGCAACAGAUCUAGGGUAACAACCCGGCCCUCCGGAUUCCAGCUGGCGAGAUUGCCCCCUGCGGGGCCUAAGUCAGGCCAGGCAGAGGCUCCCAAGGUCAGGGAGGGGGCGGCCCCAUAGGCCCCACGGCCUAAGGGAGCCGCCGAGCCGUCGCGGGGACAAGUCCCGACUAGGACUAGUAGCGAGCCUAGUGUCGCCACCAACGCCCGGGGGCAGAGGCGGGGGACUGCUGGACAGCGGGCGAGCCCCGGAGGGCGCCUCUGGACGAUUCCAUCAACACAGGCGAGGCGGGGCUUGGCGGCAGCCCUGCAUUUCCGGGGACGCAGCGCCGGACCGAGGGUAUUCGUGGGGACAUCCCGGAUCCCCAGGGAGUCGGGCCGGCCUGGAAGCAGGGACGAGUCUGGGGACACUCCGAGAAGAAGGGCUGCGCCGCCGCGCAGAGGUGACCCUGUUGUGGGCGGUGGUUCCGCGCGGGCCGUGAAACUCAGCCCCCAGGUCCGGAGGCGGGGGCCCGGCGACCGACUCCCGGGCCGGACUUCGCGGUGGGGCCGCCGCCCGCGAGUCCUAUAGAGCCACCUGAGCCGGAGCCCGGAGGACGCCGUCGCUCCUCGCUGUCCGAGUCCCGCGCGCCGCGAUGGGCCGGGGGAGCCGGCCGCCGCCGCCUCUGCUGCUGCUGAUGCUACUGCUACUGCUACCGCCGUCUCCGAUUCGGGCACUCGCCCCUCGGAUCAGCCUGCCUCUGGGCUCUGAAAAGCAGUCACUUCUCAGAUUUGAAGUGGAUCACAUCUCCAACUACACAGCCCUCCUGCUGAGCAGGGAUGGCAGGACUCUAUACGUGGGUGCUCGAGAGGCCCUCUUUGCGCUCAACAGCAGCGGCAGCUUCCUGCCAGGCGGGGGGUACCAGGAGCUGCUGUGGAGCGCAGAUGCAGAGAGGAAACAGCAGUGCAGCUUCAAGGGCAAGGACCCACAGCGGGACUGUCAAAACUACAUCAAGAUCCUCCUGCCACUCAACAGCAGCCACCUGUUCACCUGUGGCACUGCGGCCUUCAGCCCCGUGUGCACCUACAUUAACAUGGAGAACUUCACUCUGGCACAGGACGUGGUGGGGAACAUCCUCCUGGAAGAUGGCAAGGGCCGUUGUCCCUUUGACCCCAAUUUCAAGUCCACGGCCCUGGUGGUGGAUGGCGAGCUGUACACUGGAACAGUCAGCAGCUUCCAGGGGAAUGACCCGGCCAUCUCACGUAGCCAAAGCCUCCGCCCCACCAAGACUGAGAGCUCCCUCAACUGGCUACAAGACCCAGCGUUUGUGGCCUCAGCCUACAUUCCCGAGAGCCUGGGCAGCCUGCAAGGGGACGAUGACAAGAUCUACUUCUUCUUCAGCGAGACUGGCCAGGAAUUUGAGUUCUUUGAGAACACCAUCGUGUCCCGCAUUGCCCGUGUCUGCAAGGGUGAUGAGGGAGGCGAGCGGGUCCUGCAGCAGCGCUGGACGUCCUUCCUGAAGGCCCAGCUGCUGUGCUUGCGGCCUGACGAUGGCUUCCCGUUCAACGUACUGCAAGACGUCUUCACGCUGAGCCCCAGCCCCCAGGAAUGGCGUGACACCCUCUUCUACGGGGUCUUCACAUCCCAGUGGCACAGGGGGACCACAGAAGGCUCUGCCAUCUGUGUCUUCACCAUGAGGGAUGUGCAGAGGGCCUUCAAUGGCCUCUACAAGGAGGUGAACCGCGAGACGCAGCAGUGGUACACCGUGACCCACCCGGUGCCCUCGCCCCGGCCCGGCGCGUGCAUCACCAACAGCGCCCGGGAAAGGAAGAUCAGCUCGUCCCUGCAGCUCCCCGACCGUGUGCUGAACUUCCUCAAGGACCACUUCCUGAUGGACGGGCAGGUCCGCAGCCGCCUGUUACUCCUGCAGCCCCAGGCCCGCUACCAGCGUGUGGCUGUCCACCGCGUCCCUGGCCUGCAGCGCACCUACGACGUCCUCUUCCUAGGCACUAGUGACGGCUGGCUGCACAAGGCGGUGAGCGUGGGCCCCGGGGUGCAUAUCAUCGAGGAGCUCCAGAUCUUCUCAUCAGGACAGCCCGUGCAGAACCUGCUCCUGGAUGCCGACAGGGGACUGCUGUAUGGUGCCUCACACUCGGGUGUGGUCCAGGUGCCCGUGGCCAACUGCAGCCUGUACCAGAGCUGUGGGGACUGCCUCCUGGCCCGGGACCCCUACUGCGCUUGGAGCGGCUCCAGCUGCAAGCACGUCAGCCUCUACCGGCCUGCGGUGGCCUCCAGGCCAUGGAUCCAGGACAUCGAGGGGGCCAAUGCCAGGGAACUCUGCAACACUUCCUCGUCCAAGGGCCGGACUUCUAUACCAAGAGGCGAGAAGCAUUGUGAGCCAGUCCAGUUCCAGCCCCACACAGUGAACACCUUGGCCUGCCCCCUCCUCUCCAACUUGGCAACCCGGCUCUGGCUGCACAACGGGGUCCCCAUUAAUGCCUCGGCCUCCUGCCGCGUGCUGUCCACCGGGGACCUGCUGCUGGUGGGCAGCCAGCAGGAGCUGGGAGAGUUCCAGUGCUGGUCGCUGGAGGAGGGCUUCCGGCAGCUGGAGGCCAGCUACUGCCCAAAGGUGGUGGACGCAGUGGCAGACCGAGCAGACCGGAGUGGCAGCGUGCCCGUCAUCAUCAACACGUCUCGGGUGAGCGCGCCAGCCGGGGGCAAGGCCAGCUGGGGUGCAGACAAGUCCUACUGGACCGAGUUCCUAGUGAUGUGUGCGCUGUUCGUGUUCGCCAUGGUGCUCUUCAUUUUAUUCUUCCUCUACCGGCACCGGGGUGGCAUGAAAGUCUUCUUGAAGCAGGGGGAGUGUGCCAGCGUGCACCCCAAGACCCGCCCAGUGGUACUGCCACCUGAGACCCGGCCGCUCAAUGGCGUGGGCCCCCCUAGCACCCCACUCGACCACCGAGGCUACCAGGCUCUGUCGGACAGCUCACCAGGGCCCCGGGUCUUCACAGAGUCAGAGAAGAGGCCGCUCAGUAUCCAGGACAGCUUCGUGGAGGUGUCCCCGGUGUGUCCCCGGCCCCGGGUCCGCCUGGGCUCUGAAAUCCGGGACUCCGUGGUGUGAGAGCAGACUUCUGGAGGCAGCCUCCCUCUAGGGGCCAGGAGUGCUCAGAGAGGGUCUGCUGGACCUCUGCUCCUCGUGGAACACAGCCGCGGUGCCCAGCCCUCGGGAGCGAUGGAGCCAGCUUGCCUGCUGUCGAGAGGCAAGGCCCCUCCACCCCAGAUGGCCACAGCCCCACAGGGCCUGGCUGAAGAUCGGGGCCUGCCCGAGUGGGCAGAACAGUGCUCCUUAUGUAAACUGAGCCCUUUGUUUCAAAACAGUUGAAAAUGUGAAACAAGAGAAAACAGUGAGAGAACACAGAACGCCAUGCACACGGCCAGGCCAGCCCAGCCUCCGGACUGGGAGGGCUCAUCCAAAGUGGUUGUUGGAGACAGAGUUGGACAUCCCACACCAACUGGCCUCUUCCACCUUCCGCCUUAUCCUACUGCCACAGGCUGCCCCUUCUCACGGCAGAGCCAGGGGCCAGCUCGGGCUCCAGUGGGUCCAGCCUCGCCAGCUGGCCAAGUUGUUGCAGCCAUCGUUCUGUCACCUCAGGGACCGGAGGGCCACGCUGGCACCACAGCCCUCACGAGGCCCUGGGCUCAGACCCACCUCCUGGACCUUUCCGGCCUGUAUCAGGCUGCGGCCACAUGAGAGAGACAGAGGGCAGCGUGAGCCCAGGAGAGAGUAUAUGACAAUGUACACCUUCCCUCAGAAUUCCAGGAAGACUGUUGCCUGCCUUCCUCCAUCCCAGCCUGCAAACCUGUGUCCCUUUUCCCCACACCUGCCCUAGCCUCCUCUUCAAAACCAGUCCCCAGUUCACCCCUACACCUUGCAGCCUCCACUCUACGGUAUGUUGAUACUGCCCAGCACAGGGGCCCUGAGUUUAUGUGGGUUUUGUAUUCUUUUUAAUAAAAUGCACUUUACUUUU